UCACGUAUAAAUGUCCCACCAACUCCUGCGGAGGAUGUUGAUGUAGUCACCUCAGCGCCGUAUCCACCACCACAAAAAAAAAAGAAAAGGAAUCCCGCGGAAGGCGAGGAAAUGCAACAGUCAGCCCUCCUCGCACUGCUCGGCCUGAGUCUCGGGCUGGUGAACGCAUUCCCCUCCCAGCAGCAGGACAAUGGGAAACGCUGGGUGGUUAUCGUAGCCGGCUCCAACGGCUGGUACAACUACAGACACCAGGCCGAUGCUUGCCAUGCAUACCAGAUUGUCCACAGGAAUGGCAUCCCAGAUGAGCAGAUAGUGGUUAUGAUGUACGAUGAUUUGGCCCAGAAUGAAGAAAACCCCACCCCUGGGAUACUGAUCAACAGGCCGAAUGGCUCAGAUGUGUACAAGGGAGUCCCUAAGGAUUACACCGGGGAAGAUGUGACCCCAGAAAACUUCCUGGCAGUGCUGAAAGGUGACUCCUCAGCAAUCAAAGGUGGCUCGGGAAAAGUGUUGAGGAGUGGCCCCAAUGAUCAUGUGUUUGUGUACUUCACCGAUCACGGGGCACCUGGUAUUCUGGCUUUUCCUAAUGAUGAACUCCAUGUUGAAGAUCUCCAAGAAACCAUUAAAUACAUGCACAAAAACAAGAAAUACAGAAAGAUGGUGUUCUACAUUGAGGCAUGUGAGUCUGGGUCAAUGAUGAACCAUCUGCCUGCUGACAUUGACGUGUACGCCACCACAGCAGCCAACUCUCACGAGUCGUCUUAUGCCUGCUAUUAUGACGAGAAGAGAGACACAUACCUGGGCGACUGGUACAGCGUUAACUGGAUGGAGGACUCCGAUGUGGAGGACCUGACAAAAGAAACUUUGCUGCGGCAGUUCAAGAUUGUGAAGAGCCACACAAACACCAGCCACGUCCAGCAGUACGGGAACAAGACAAUGGCCCACAUGAAAGUGAUAGCAUUUCAGGGUAACCACAAAGCAGACAGCCCCCCCACCCCUCCGAUGACCCUGCAGCCAGUUACGAAUCUGGAUCUGACCCCGAGCCCUGACGUUCCUCUGGCCAUCCUCAAGAGGAAGCUGAUGGCCUCCAAUGAUAUCAGUGUUGCAAGGGGCCUGCUGAUGGAGAUCAGUGCCCACCUCAAGGUCAGGGAGAUGCUGGCUGAGACUAUGCACCAAGUGGUCGAGAGGGUGACCGGUAAUAAGCUCAAGGCCGAGGAGGUUCUCAACGACAGAGCCGAACUGUCCCAGCAUCAGUGCUACAAGGCUGCAGUCGACCACUACAAACACAACUGCUUCAACUGGCACAAAACUGAGUAUGAAUAUGCUCUGAGACAUCUGUACGCUCUGGUGAACCUGUGCGAGAGAGGAUACCGCGCAGAGAGCAUCCAGCUUGCCAUGGACUCUGUGUGUCAUUUCAGCAAGUAGAAGACAUUCUACAAAUCCAUUAACGUCUCAGAUUAGACUGCUUCUCUUUGCACAGUUUAGGAAUCAAUCUGACUUGGGAGUUGACAUUGUUUUAAAAAAAACUCUAUAACACUUUGGUUUUUUUUUUUUUAAAUUUUUACCGAGAAUUUUAAGUGUUUUAUGAUGAAUUGCACUAUCACUGUAGAUGAUUUGUGGGUGAUGUUUUACUGCUUCUGAGAUAUAUAUAAAAAUAUAAUUUUUUUUUUUUAUAUAUGUAUAAAACCUGUAAAAUCAUGUAAUUUUGCUUUGUGGUACAAAAGGCCUGGCAUGAAUGUUUGAUUGACAUGUAAAGGACAUACCACUAAAUAUUGAAUGUUUGAGCCUCAGCCGACUGUGUUGUAACACAGGGAUCUUGAAAUAAAAUCUUACAGACCAAA